AUGAGUGCCUCUAUUGCCACGCAGUCCUCUACAUCGACUGCCGCAACAGCAACCCCAUCCUCCACCAUGGAACAAACCAAAAUCAUCGUCAACGCCACCAUAAAGCAAGUCAAGAACAAAACGGCAACUGGUAUCGCGACCGUCAAGAGAGCCAUUACAAAACUCGAUAAGGCUAUCAAUGAGGAUCUCAGGGCUAGCAAGACGCAGUCUGGGACAGAAGGGAGGGCGUGGAAGACGAGUCUUUGGGCAUGUUGCACGCCUUGGGACCUUGCUAUCCUGACGAUGUGCUGUCCGUGUAUCACAUUUGGCAAGACAUUUCAUCGGCUUCAAAAUGAUGGCGAUAUGUCGGGGUAUGAACAGAUCAAUGCAGCGUGCCUAUUCUACUACUUCGCACGCUGCUGGUGUAUCCAACCUCUCCCCAUCUGCAUGCAAUACAGCCUUUUCCGCGAGAAGCAUAACCUAGAAGGCACACCCAUAGAAGACGCUCUCAAAGCGCCAUGCUGCUGUCCCGCCCUCAUGCAAAUUGAAAAAGAGUCAAAGCUGGUCUUUGCCGAGAAAAGAGGCGGCCUGGAUGGCGUCAUCGAAGAACAGUACAUCGCCAGCGAGAAUAUGGUUAUGGCCAGAAAAAUUCAGAUUAUGCCUCAGAAUGCUUCUGCGCCGUUGUAUCGUAUCUCUGAGGAAAUGGCUGUCACACCUAUGCAGGAUGAUGAAAUGCCACAUGAGAAGAUUGAGGACGAUGGUGUGAGCGAGAUGACGGCGGUGAAUGCAGAGGACAUCCAGACACAGAGUGACGGAAAGAACGAGUUGCCAAUGCCAAUGCCAAUGCCAGACGCGCAAGCUAUAAUAACUUCGGGUCUCGGGCUUCAUGCCGAUGGCGCGAGCGAGGUACCGAUUGCAUUCUUGGUACCGCAGUGCACAUCGGAACAUUCCCAGAGGCGUCUGUUCAGAACGAUAUGA